AUGGCUGCCAACGUCAACAAGCCUACCGAUACCAAGCAGAAGGAGGCGGAUAUCAACCGAAAACUUCAAAUCUACGGCAUCUUCAGUGCCUUCAAGCAAGGAAAAGUCCCCUCUAACGAUCAAAUUGACGUCGCCUUGAACAGCUUCCUCGCCUCCAAAGCACUCGGUCCCGCCCCAGACGGCCUUUCCAAGGAUGGCAAGAUUCUCGUCGCUGACACCAGAGAGGUUGUCCGACUGGCCAAGAACCUCUUGCUUUCCAAGAACGAGGGUAAUUUAGUUCAGGAUUUCAUCUGGCAAACCACUCAGUUUGAUCCCAAGUCUGUCCAGGGUCCGAAUGCGCCCGUGAAUAAGGACCAGGCCAAGCGUGAUAGUGAUGAGGCUCUCCAAGGUCUUCGAACCUUGGGAACCUUGCUUAUUACCAACGGCCAGUUCCGCAAGCUGCUCAAGGAUACCACUGUCUUGAUGCGCGACAUGGUUGGCGAUGUCGCGACUAGCGCCGCGGGCCGCAUUCGCCCAUCGGAAGAGCAACUCGGACAAAUUGACAGGCCUGCCGAAGACAAUAUCUGGCACGAAAAGCCUGACCUCUCCAAGGAGAGCCUGAGAAAGCAAGCCAAGGAAAUCUAUGGUGGCAAUGCGAAGAAAGACGCUCAGGAUGUUGCCGGUGCCGCCACCAAUGCUGCUCUGCCCCAAGGAGCAGAGACUAACCGAGUCGACACUGUUGCCGCGCAGAGUGCCCUGCAGCAGAAGCUUGAUGAGAAGGUGGACCCGGAAACCAAGGAGCAGAUCAAGAAGAGGAAGGAGGAAUACCGUCGAAGGACCAAGGAGUAUUUCAACAAGAAGAUGCCAGAGGAGCGCAAGGAUCAAUUAAUCUUCCGCCUCAAGAAGAUGGUACUCGAGUGUCAGCAGCAUCCUGAAUAUUCCAAGGCUAUUCAGACUCUACUGCGUCUGGCCGAGACCUACGGAAGCCACGGCCGCAGCCUCGGCAAGGAAUCCACCGGCUCUGCCAAACAGGCUCGCUCGGGAUUUGCAGCUGCCGAGGCCGAUUUGCGUACGCUCAUUGAGCGCUUUGCCAAUGGAACCUCGACUUCGAACCUUUGGGAAUCCAUCAGCCAGAUUUACAAGGACGCCGACAAGGAUCCCGAGCUCAAGGACUGGUUCAAGACUUUGGAUAACUUUAUUCGCCGGUGCCUGCUGGAGCAAGGUUACAUCCUUGACGAAAUUUCUAACAAGGAUUGGAAUCGCAUCUAUGAGAAGGGCAGAUUCUUGCUCCGAGAAAAGUACCGUAGCCACACUGACCGCGUCAUUGAUGAGGCCAAGUUCAUCGCGGACCAAUUCGACCAGGAUGCACAGAACAAGGCUUUCGGCGACGCCGUGCAGAAACUUUUCAACCAUCUUGGCAACGACUCUGCGGGCAAGUCUGUCUUCAAGCCACACCUUCUCAAGGAUCUGACGGACACUAUCCUCCCUGCUGUCCUGAUGAAUAUCAACUACAUUCCGAUUCCUCGCAUUGAAUACUCGGACUCGCAAGUGGAUGCCAUCAUUGAGAACUUGGUCCUCGAGAGCGACAACUUCAUGCCCAAUAUUGUCGAGAUGGCGAGCGAGCACUUCUUCCGCUUGGGCCGCAAGAAGAUUACCAACAAACACCACAACAUGUUUGACGUUAAAAUUUCGGGUAUUCAGAUGGAUCUCCGGGACGUCAACUUCCACGUCAAGCGGAAGCAGGGCUUUCCGUCUUUGUCAGAUACGGGUGUCGCUGACAUCUUGUUGCCUGGUAAGGGCUUGUCAUUCAGGAUGAAGGUUGCCACGGCCCACAAAACCGACAGUCAGAACAUCUUCAAGGUUGAAAAGGUGGAUGUUGACUUCAAGGGCCUCAAGAUCAAGGUCAAGAAGUCCAACCACAAGCUCUUGUUCGCCGUUAUUAAGCCCCUCGCGCUCAAGGUUCUCCGCGUUCCUAUCCAGAAGGCAGUGCAAAAGGCUAUCAAGGAUGAGUGUAACAAGCUCGACUCCCUCCUCUGGCAGAUUAAGCAGGAUGCCGACGCAGCCAGCGCCGGUGAUGUCGAGGACAAGGCAAGCUUCUUCAAGCGCUACUACGACGCGGCCCAGAAGCGCUAUCUGGAUGGCAAGCAGAAGACGGCGGAGGUUGCGUCGGACAAGAAGGUCAACAUUGCCAUGACGCUCGAGGACAGCAUUUUCCCAGAUAUCAAGAUGGCCGGCGGCGUCAGUUCCAAGGCAACCGAAUACAAGGAACUUUCGCGCAAGGGAGAGAAGUGGGAAAGCCCAGUCUUCUCGAUUGGCAGUGCCAAGAAGAGCACUGAUAUUCCUCCUGCUCCGGUGGUCGAGAAGAAGACCCGGCCAGCGACCAACGUGCAUACCAACGGCAACACCAAUGGUUACUCCAACGCCAACGCGAACCUUGUCAACGGCAAGACGCCUCUGGCAGCGCCGUUGAACGUCAAUGCCGGCAACGUCCACCAGACCAUCGGGGGACGCUAG